AUGUCUUCUCCUUCCGCAUCUGCAGACGACGUCAAACUGACGGCUGAUGGAAAGAUUUGUCUCGACGAUCCAGCCGAGUUUUUGAAGAGAAAGCCAAAGAAGAGCAUUCUGAAGAUGAAACAAGACUCAUCGCUGGAGGGCAAAGACGGGCGAGCGCACUUUGACGAGAUGAAUAUUCUCGCAACUUAUCAUCCAGCUGACAAAGACUACGGUAGCAUGAAGAUCGACGAGCCAAAAACACCAUAUCAUCAUUCGGACGGGGAAAGUGAAGGCGAUGAGGGUCUUGGAGUUCCUUCUACUCGCCCAAGAAGAGUCUCUCUUGGAAACGCAGUCGAUCCGGAGAAAGUCGCCGAGGGACUUGCUCAUCCAGAGUCUGUGAAGUCGCUCUCGUCAGCUGAAGAUUCUGAAGACGAAGGAGAUCUUACAGAGGAGCAGAAAGAACAUCGUCGGGAUUUCGAAAAGAAGCGCCGCGCUCACUACAACGAGGGCGCUGCUCUCAAGAUGCAUGCUGAUUUGGAUGUUGAGGAAGAAGACGAUGGAAGCAUGGAACACUAA